GCUGCAGCGGCGGUGACGGCCCGUGCGGCCUGGCCUAGGGCGGCGUCGGCCCUGCGGGGCUACUGCGGGACUGUGGUUCGAGGACGGCGGCACCACGUCUCCGCACGGCCCUUGUGCACAGCACCCGGAACCGCUCCUGACAUGAAGCGCUACCUGUGGGAGCGCUACCGGGAGGCGAAGAGGAGCACGGACGAUUUGGUUCCUUCAAUUAUGAACAACUUACUGAAUCCAGACGCCAUUUUCUCUAACAAUGAGAUGAGCCUGUCAGAUAUAGAAAUCUAUGGCUUUGAUUAUGAUUACACGUUGGUCUUUUAUUCCAAGCACCUCCACACACUGAUAUUUAAUGCUGCUCGAGACCUGCUCAUCAACGAACACCGGUAUCCUGCGGAAAUCCGGAAGUAUGAAUAUGACCCAAAUUUUGCAAUUCGUGGACUUCACUAUGAUGUACAGCGGGCAAUCCUGAUGAAGAUUGAUGCUUUUCAUUACAUCCAGCUGGGAACUGUCUACAGAGGUCUCAGCGUUGUCCCUGAUGAGGAAGUCAUUGAAAUGUACGAAGGAUCCCAUGUGCCCUUGGAACAGAUGAGUGACUUUUAUGGGAAGAGUUCUCACGGCCACACCAUGAAGCAGUUCAUGGACAUCUUCUCCCUGCCGGAGAUGACCCUCCUGUCCUGCGUGAAUGAAUACUUCCUGAAACACAACAUCGACUAUGAGCCUGUCCACCUCUACAAAGAUGUCAAGGAUUCAAUUCGCGAUGUCCACAUCAAAGGAAUAAUGUACAGAGCAAUCGAAGCAGAUAUCGAAAAAUACAUCUGCUACGCCGAGCAGACGCGCGCAGUGUUGGCCAAACUGGCAGAUCAUGGCAAGAAGAUGUUCCUCAUUACCAACAGCCCCAGCAGCUUUGUGGACAAGGGGAUGCGGUAUAUUGUUGGAAAAGACUGGAGGGACCUGUUUGACGUGGUCAUCGUUCAGGCUGAGAAGCCAAACUUCUUUAAUGAUAAGCGGAGACCUUUCCGAAAGGUGAACGAGAAAGGAGUCUUACUUUGGGAUAAGAUCCACAAGUUGCAGAAAGGCCAGAUUUACAAGCAGGGCAAUUUAUAUGAAUUUCUGAAGCUUACUGGAUGGAGGGGAUCCAAAGUGCUUUAUUUUGGUGACCACAUAUACAGCGACCUGGCAGAUUUGACCCUAAAGCAUGGCUGGCGGACUGGGGCAAUUAUCCCAGAAUUAAGAUCCGAGCUCAAGAUCAUGAACACGGAGCAGUAUAUUCAGACCAUGACCUGGCUGCAGACCUUGACCGGGCUCCUGGAGCAGAUGCAGGUGCACAGAGACGCAGAGGCGCAGGUGGUUCUGCAGGAGUGGAAGAAGGAGCGGAAGGAGAUGAGAGAAAUGACCAAAAGUUUCUUCAAUGCCCAGUUCGGAAGCUUGUUCCGCACCGACCAGAACCCGACCUACUUCCUGCGGCGCCUGUCGCGGUUUGCUGACAUCUACAUGGCCUCCCUGAGCUGUCUCCUGAACUACGACGUCCACCACACCUUCUACCCCAGGAGGACUCCCCUGCAGCACGAGCUCCCCGCGUGGUCAGACAGCCCCUCCGCCUUCCGAAUCCCCCUCCUGCAGGAGGCGCAGGCCAAGUGACGGAGCGCCCACCCGUGGGAAAAGCCAGAAGCUGCGGCCCGGAGUGUGUGGACACCAUAGGGUGGUCUUUGUGUGGGCAUGAGCUGCUUACUGAGAAGAUACUGUUGGGAUUCUGGAUAUUUA